AUGAAUAACCCUUCAACUUCUUCUACUUCUAUAACCUCUCUUCCACAAGAGAUUCUUCUCAAAAUUCUCACUGGUCUUCCUGCAAAAUCCGCAGUGCGAUUCAGAUGCACCUCCAAAUUCUUCUAUUCCUUCAUACCCGACCCAAGAUUCGAGUUCAGAAUCCUCGUCUCUCUCCCAUCCGAAUUAAAUUUAUACUCCGUGAGUUACCGUGAAGACAGCCAUGGAAACCUCCAAGCCGACACUGCCCAGCGUUUGGAUGUACGAGGUUUAGUAUGUUCCGCAGAUGGCAAGAUGUGUCUGCUCAGCCCCGAAUCGGGAGGCGACGCCGUCUUGAACCUUAGUACCGGACGGCGUAUUUGUCUGCCAAGGAUUGGUCGGCCGGCCGGCCAUGCGGCGUUGUCUUCCAGCUCAUGUGUCUACUCUAAUGCGUUCUUGGGGUUUGACUCGGUUUCGAAGAGGUACAAGGUUUUCAAGUCGGCUGUGUAUUAUGAUUAUGAUUGCUUGCGGGUGUUGAAUCGGCUGUGGGUUUUAACUGUGGGAGUGGAUAAGUCAUGGAGGGAGAUAGACUCCACCAUUAUUGAAUCCACCACUGCUGUAGUCCAUAUUCAUGGGAUUAUCUAUUUAAUUCAUGAACCAAUGAUAGAACAUUUGACUCGACGCACUGUGUUGUCUAGGAAUUUGUUUCAUUCCUCGAGUACUGACCCAAAGAUAGUUGCAAUGGAUGUUGCAACGGAGCGUUUUAUCACCCCUCAAAAGGCUUGUAGAGUCCCCAAACCCUGGCCCGACAGGAUAGAUAUAUGGAGGUUGGAAAGGUCAAUGGAGUGGGAGAAGCAGACGGUGGUUUUGCCCUUGGAGGAGAGGGAGGUGAUUGGAGAAGCUACUUCCAUUAGGUAUACUGCCAAUAGUAUGGGGGAGAUUGUGUUCUUGAUUCAUAGUAAGAAGGUGAUGUCUCCUUUAGUUUUAGUUUAUUCAUUUGGAAGAGAAGUUUGGAGAAGGGAUGUGAUUGAGUUAAGCCUAGCUCCAUGA